AUGCCCGUAACAGCUCCCCCAUUUGGCCCGCUGUACCCAUGUUCCGCUCCAGAAUUGAAGGCCCUCCGAGAGUACCUGGACAAAGAAUUGUCUUCAGGAAAGAUCUCUAGAUCUAACAGCCCUGCUGCGGCACCCAUAUUGUUCAUUCCUAAGAAGGAUGGUACAUUGCGGAUUUGUGUGGAUUACAGAGGUUUGAACAAGGUCACUGUCAAAGACAAGUACCCGCUGCCUAUCAUGAGUGAGCUCAGAGACAGGUUGUUCAAAGCCAAGAUCUUCACAAAGAUAGACCUGAAGAACGGCUUCAAUUUGAUCAGGAUAGCAGAAGGUGAUGAGUGGAAAACCGCUUUCAGAACCCGCUAUGGACUGUAUCAGUAUAAUGUGAUGCCAUUUGGUCUAUGUAAUGCUCCCUCCGCUUUCCAGGCAAUGAUCAAUGAUGUGCUAAAAGAACUACUGGAUGAAGGAGUAGUUGUCUAUAUUGAUGACAUCCUCAUCUACUCGGAGACUGAGAGAGAACAUGAGCUAUUGGUCAAGAAGGUACUGCAGAAGCUUAGGGAAGCUAAGCUCUGUGCCUCGAUCAAUAAGACAUCCUUCCAUGUCCGAGAAGUAGAAUACCUAGGCUAUCAUAUCUCGGAAGAAGGAGUAUCUAUGUCAGAAGACAAGGUGGAGGCGGUUAAGGAAUGGCCGGUCCCUGAGAAUAUCAAGGCAGUACAGGCAUUCCUCGGAUUUGCAAACUUCUAUCGCCGCUUUAUUGAAGGCUUCAGUAAAGUUUGCAAACCAUUUGUAACGGAGCCAUUUCAACUGUCUGGUGUAUGA